AUGAUCAUUGACAGUGCCCCGAGUGCCCCUGCGCCUGGCCCCGACUCGACGAUGCCAUCUCGACGUUCCAGUUACCCGCUCUCGGCGGCCACCGAGGCCGCCGCUCGCGCCAUGGCCAUCAAUGCCCGCGACGCUGCCCAGGGCAACGGAAGUGCAGACGCAGUCGACCCGGCCGACACCGCCGCCAUUGCUGACAUGGAUGGCGCUUUCGACGGCCAUGCCGGCCUAGACGGUCCUCCCUUGGCCGCCUCCAUCUCUCCGCCCCAGCUCCAGCUUAACGAGUAUCGAGAAAGGCUCGCUCGCGACCUCGAGCGCCGGGAGCUUCAAGCUAGAGGCUUGCUGCCCGUCACGCCCGCCGUCGACAAGAUUCGCGUCGCCCCCAUCCAAGAAGAAAUCACGCCCUCCCCACCUUGGGUCUCCUCCAAUCUCAACACCACCUCGUCUACAGAAUCCGGCAAUACCGUCCGCGGUGGCAUGACGCCUGCCAUCAUCGCCCGUACGCCUUCCUACCCAUUUCCCAGGAUGGUCUCUACCCCAGGCGCUUUUGGUUCCAGUCACCCCUUUGCCAAUAUGGCCAAUCCCGCCUCUCGCAUGAACAUCGCCAUCCCUCAGCAGGAACCUAGAGGCGUCUUUGAGCGCGUUCUCUCCGAGUCGUCGACGCCCGCAUCCGCCUUUUCCUUCAACCCCGCCGGCACGCCUAUGCCUGAAAGCUAUGACUUUCCUAGUCCCGAUCUCUAUAACCUGUCGCUGCUGCUUUCAUCGGAACCGGGCUUGGAUGCGUGGUGGAAUACAGUGGUCCAGAUUAUGAGAGAUGUCUUUCAGGCCGAGCGCGUUACUCUCUCCGUGCCAGCUGACGCUGCAGAUUUGGAAAACGUGCCUUGGGGUCAAAAGGCUACUUACAAUGAGCGCCAAGAAGACCAUCUCAGUGUUGGCUACAUGGCCAAGAACAGUAGCGCUGUUCAGAGCAGCGACGCCGAUGCUACAGACACUCUGCCAUCACUCGACGACAUCACCUCGCCAGGAGACGCGGCUUCUCGCCCUGGAAUUACCAGUCGCCACUCAUUCACCAGCUACGAAGAGAAAAAGGACCCUAUUCCAGUAACACCGCGUCGGCCUAACCAUUUGUCGCGAAGCAAGACCUCGGCCCCAUUCCCAUCCAGAAUCUUGCGCUCUGGGACCCGUCUUGACAAGUCCAAGCUCGAGCAGCACGACGCUCAAGUCGAAGACGACCCCGCCAUACCGAGUUGGGAAAUUCCCUUCCUAGCACGCUACGAAGGUCAAGGCAGAGUCCACUCUGUCCUUCAAGCCCUCGAUUUCGAGGCCGAUCCGCUCAUUGACCACGCUGGCGUUGUCAGAGUUCUAGAGAGGGGUGGCGCCGUAACCCUGACAAGGUCAUACCCGUAUCUCCCCCCAGAUAACCAAAAGGAUGAUGCCUCUAAAAUGGCUGCUGCCGAUUCACUCAAAAAGGCCAGGAUACACUCAUCCGAAUCUCUGACCAAGCUCUCCUCCAUGCUACCCAACAAACCUCCUUCCAAAGGCAAACAGUCUGGCUUGGACAGCGUCAUUCACGAAGAGGAACAGACGACGCCCCCUACUCCAAGAUAUGAAGAAUACGAGCAAAUUGCAGCCUCUCCUUGGGCACAGUCACCCGCUCCCUCACCAGCCGUUCGCUCCGACACUGCUGAGAACCCCUUCUUUGCCGAGGCCACUGUUGACGAGGGCUCAUUUGAUCCAGCCACCGGUGCUGCCGACUACAGCGACAUGCGACCACCCGAGGCCAUUGGCCUGGACAAUUCGUGGACUGUCAUUCAUGUUCCGCUCACCCAUGUUCUUCAGUCACGGCAAACUCGACCAUUUAAGCUCGACGCGACCAGCAUGGAACAGAGACUGCAGGGCCAAAAGCCCGACAGCCCGCCCUCUCGGGCCAGUGAUUCCAAGAAGAACAAGCCGGCGCCCAUAGCCAUCUUGUCCAUCUUGAGCACCGUAACGCCUUAUCCGCCAAAUCUGCGCAAGUCGCUUGAGCACCUUUCGCAUCACAUGGCAACGUCUUUCUCUCUGGCGCGCCACUACACAAACCUCGAGACAGAACUUGCAGGCAUACAAAGGCGGCGCCCUCCGACCACGGGCUUUGGUGCCGUCGCGCCAUAUGGACGAUCGUAUGAGAGCACAGCUGCGCUGGCUGCAGCCGAUAUCAUGCAAUUGAGAUCAUCUGCCGGGAGCAUCACUAGUCCUAGCGACUACUCUGCCGUGUCAAAAAGUGCCGCGGGCUCCCCGCUCGGUACGCCUGGCUGGAAACGGCAGCCCAUCCAGAGUCCUUCGGCUCUUUCCGGGGGUGGAGAAAGCUACUUUAACAGCAAGUCAUCGUUGCCUAGUAGGCACGAAGCUUCACUUCAGAGGCCCAAAUCUAGCUCCAUGGAGCUUUCGCCAGGUGAUAAGAGAUCCUCGCGGCUCACUUACAGCAGCGCUUUGUACGAUAACAUGGAGGGAUAUGAAACAUCUUUGGACGGCCACGAAGAAAGCAUCGCGAUGCCUUCUAAGAAAUCCCAGUCAACGAGCAGUAGCGAGCCACUUUUUGAGUUGGGCGAGCCACCGGUAUCCUCCAGUCUCGAAGAGAAAUCGGAAACUGAGAGGCAUGCUUCGCAGCAUCAACACCAUCACCACCCGCACACCAAGCUCCAUUCCUAUGGCGCCGACUUUGCUUCCACGUUUCAGUCUCUACCGCCCAGUUCGAGCUUGAUGAGCCGGCCGCCUCCUACACCUCUCCUUUCAGGCCCGUCGCGCAGCAUGUCGGUUCUUUCCUCGGCAGCGAGCGACAUGCCCCCGCCAUCCGACAGACUGAAGAGCCUCAUCUUGGAUUCCCUCCCAGCGCACGUUUUUGUCUCCUUACCACAAACCGGUGAAAUUGUUUGGGUCAACAGCCGUUAUCUGUCGUACCGUGGGCAGACUGUCAACGAUCUUGCUGCCGACCCGUGGAAGAGUCUCCACCCUGACGAUCGCGACGAGUAUCUGAAAGAUUGGGGACAUUCUCUCCGAACGGGUGACCAAUUUUCGCGGACAGUUCGCAUCAAGCGGUUUGACGGUGCUUACCGCUGGUUCUAUGCCCGAGCUGUCGCUUCCAAAGACAAGAGAGGUGUGAUUAUGCAGUUCCUUGGCUCGUACAUGGACAUUCAUGAUCAGCACAUUGCCGAGCUCAAGGCUGCGCGCCAGGAGGAGAUUGAAGCUUCCGAAGCCAAACACAGAUUGCUGGCAAACCUCAUACCGCAAAUCAUCUUCACGGCGACGGAAGACGAUGGCGUCACGUUUGCUAAUGAGCAGUGGCUCUCGUACACGGGCCAGAGCUUCGAAGACGCGCUUGGCCUGGGUUUCAUGGACUUUGUACAUCCCGAAGACUUGGCCAAGUGUCGUAUCCCCAUCACUAGGCCGUCGUCCGAAGCAAAUCUCAACCCACAGAGAGGCAGCAGAAAAGGAAGCGAUGCGGGCUCAAGGUCCGUGCGGUUCGGACAUAGAAGUUCGGUUACUAGCUCUACCUAUGAGAUGCCGACGGCGGAUCUGGCUGAGCUCGCGAAGAAGGGCAUUGUUAGAAUCGGCACCGACACCAACGGUAGAGUCUCAUACACCACGGAACUGCGACUACGAUCCAAAAAUGGCGACUACCGCUGGCAUCUUAUCCGCUGUGUCGAAAUUGACACGAUUGAUUUCGGCCGCGGUGCCAGCUCUUACUUUGGAUCGGCGACGGACAUUAAUGAUCACAAGCUCCUCGAGGCCAAGCUCAAAGAAGCCAUGGAAUCUAAAGGCCGCUUCCUUAGCAACAUGUCUCAUGAAAUCCGAACACCCCUCAUCGGCAUCUCGGGCAUGGCUAGCUUCUUGCAGGAUACCACGCUGGACGAGGAGCAGCGCGACUACACAACCACCAUACAAACCAGCGCCAAUAGUCUCAUCAUGAUUAUUAAUGACAUUCUCGACUUGUCCAAGGCUGAUGCCGGUAUGAUGAAGCUCAACUUUGAAUGGUUCCGACCUCGAUCCAUCAUGGAGGACGUCAACGAGCUUGUGUCUACCAUGGCUAUUGGCAAGGGCUUGGAGCUCAACUACCUCGUCGAAGCCGAUGUACCAUUGUGGGUUAAGGGCGACAAGAUUCGGAUCCGACAGGUUCUGCUCAACGUCGUGGGCAACGCCAUCAAGUUUACCGAUACUGGUGAGGUCUUCAGUCGCUGCAAGAUUCACGCCGAAACGAAUGGACAAACCGGCGACCACGAGAUCAUGCUAGAGGUUUCUAUCACUGAUACCGGACGUGGUUUCUCCAAAAAGGAAGCAGAAUUGAUUUUCAAGCCGUUCAGUCAGAUUGACGGGAGCAGCACAAGACAGCACGGCGGCAGUGGAUUGGGGCUUGUUAUCUCUAGGCAGCUCGUUGAGCUGCACGGAGGCAAGCUCGAGGGUUCAGCUGUCCCUGGCAAGGGAUCAACCUUUACCUUUACAGCACGGUUUGGUCUGCCCACUGCCGAUGACCAACCGAAUUUCCCUCAAAGCCCCGGCUCGACCAUCUCGACCUUUUCACGCCAGGAGUCUGACAAUGGAUUCAGAGGAUCGCCGCAGCUUUCUGCUACGUUGAAGCGUCGCAGCUCCGAUGACCCAAGCCCAAGUGAGAGUGUGCCCGGCUCGGUUUUGGCCCGCCACGGCAGUCCUCGCGCGAGUGCCCUCGCCAAGCCGGCUGCAACUGCAGUCCCUUCUGGUCCUCUAGUCGGUGUAAAUCCCGGUCUUGCGCGUUUCAGCGAGGCUGCCAAAGCCAGUGGGCAUGAUUUGAGUCAAAUGAGACUGGAGAUUCCGUCUGGUCGUGACUCACCUGGGCGAACCGCCACUCCGGACCACUCCGGACGACCACGACCAACUGGUAUUGCGCCGCCUCCGGUGUACUCCAUUCUCAUCAUAUGCCCCCAAUAUCACAGUCGCGAAGCAACUGUACAGCAUAUUGAAAUGACCUUGCCCAAGGAUGUCCCACACGAAAUCACUGCCAUUCGCACAAUUGAAGAGGCGCACGACCUGAUUGGCGGCGACGAUCCCGUUACCUUCAGCCAUAUUGUUAUCAAUCUGGGCUCAGCGGAAGCAAUUCUCGCGUUCUUGGAGGAAGUCACGACCUUUCAAAAGGUGGAAAAGACUGUCAUUGUGAUUUUAUCAGACUCGUUGCAACGCACUGCCGUGAUGAAGUCUGCCGCAGGUACCAAGACGGAGCAAACGCUGGCUAGCAACUCAGUCACCUUUAUUUACAAGCCCGUCAAGCCGUCGCGCUUUGCCGUCAUCUUUGACCCAGACAAGCGACGAGAUUUGAGUACCGACUGGAACCGAUCGAAUGCGCAGCAGCUUGUGGAGAAGCAGAAAGCAAGCUACAACGAGAUGUCGAUGCGCAUGGGGCACAAGGGCUACAAGGUGCUCGUGGUGGAGGACAACAAGAUCAACCAAAAGGUGCUGACCAAGUACCUGGAAAAGAUUGGCGUUGAGGUGGAGAUUGCCGAAGAUGGUCUCGAGUGCACAGAGCUUGUGUUUAGCAAGCCGCACAAUUAUUAUUCGUUGAUUCUCUGCGAUAUUCAAAUGCCACACAAGGAUGGCUACGAGACGUGCCGCGAUAUUCGCGAGUGGGAGGGCAAGAAUGGCUAUGACAGGCUGCCGGUGAUUGCGCUGUCGGCGAAUGUCAUGUCGGUCGUGUUUGACAAGUGCACGGCUGCCGGAUUCAGCGACUACGUGACGAAGCCGGUCGACUUUAUCAGCCUUAGCAAGGCCAUGGUGAAAUAUUUCUCCUAA